AUGUCGCCCUCGCAGGUCGCACCUCAGCAGCCGGAUGACAUCCCUCCCCUCCUCCCCCCAAAUGAGAAGAGUCAGUAUCGAAUGAUCAAGGAAGCCGAAUUUAACAACAUGCAUGACUUCAUGUUAUCUCAUGGAUUGAACGCGUACUACUUUGAGGACUACGGUGAAGUGAAUCCGACCAUAGACACCAUGAGACGGUAUGAUCAGGAGUAUUGGGAGGCCGGGCAGCAGGAACGUUACCAAGAGCACUACGAGGAUCAGGAAGCAGGACGUUGCGAACCCAGCCCGGGAUAUUGCGAGUACUGGGGAGCAGAACUGGCUGGGCAAAAAUGUGAGGCUUGGGAGGAAGGACUAGUCAAUUCUAUCACGAUCAGUAUGAAGGUUACGAGGGAGACCAGAGCCACCACGACUACGAGGACUGCGAGGUAG